AUGGCUCAACCUACCAAAAUUGACUACCAGAAAGAUGGCCACUUUACGAGACCGGCCAGCACGUUCCGUGAUUUUAUUUCUAAAGAACCUAACUCCCAAUUCCCAGCUGAGAAAGGUCGAUAUGCUCUAUACAUAUCCCCGGGUUGUCCAUGGGCGCACCGCACUAUGAUCGUGCGCGCUCUAAAGCGCCUCGAAGACGUCAUUGACCUGUACAUUCUAAGUGCAUCUGACAAUGGGUGGGUAUUCGACGGCCAGAACGGCUCGCUGCCGGAGGACCCCGUAUACGGGGUCACGUACCUGCGAGAGCUGUACCUCAAGGUGAACCCGGACUUCGACGGGCGCAUCACCGUGCCGGUGCUCUGGGACAAGAAGACCGGCACCAUCGUCAACAAUGAGUCCAGCGAGAUCAUCCGCAUGUUGUACGCCGAGUUCGACGCCUUCGUGCCCGAGCAACACCGCGAGGCCACCAAGGAGAAGCUGGGCGGCGGCCUGUACCCCGCGCCCCUCCGCAAGGAGAUCGACGAGCUCAACGACUGGGUCUACAACACCGUCAACAACGGCGUCUACAAGUGCGGGUUCGCCGGGAAACAGGAGUCCUACGACGAGAACGUGUACCCCCUAUUCGCGUCGCUGGACCGCCUCGAGGCCAUCCUCGCCGGCCACGGGAAGCCGUUCCUCUUCGGCGACCACCUGACCGAGGCCGACGUCCGCCUGUACACCACCAUCGCCCGCUUCGACGUCGCCUACCACACCGUCUUCCAGUGCAACCUCAAGAGCAUCCGCCACGACUACCCGCGCCUGCACCUGUGGUUCCGAAGGCUGUACUGGGACGAACACAGUGAGCCGACGGGCGGCGCGUUUUAUAGGACUACGGCGCCGUGGAUCAAGAUCUAUAAGCAGGGGUAUGCGCAGGCGAGGGUUAAGGUCACGAAGAGCCAGGUGCCGGUCAUUGUUCCGGCGGGUCCCGCGGUGCUGGUUGAGCCGUUGGCCGAUGACGAGAGGUUGUAG